AUGGACGAGGCGAUACGAAGGAAGCUUUUGGCGGACGGUGAGGGAAUGGGUGAUGAGCGGCGAUUGAUCCUGGUGACGAAGAUGUUCAUGCGAUGGAGCACCGACGGUAGCGACGUGACUCUGCGAAAACUGAAACACAUGCUGCAACAGAGUGAUACUGCCAUGUAUAAGACGAUGUUGGUUAACCAGGCGAUCGCCCGCGAGUCAAAAGAGUGUUCUGACCUGGCGGCGAAGGUACAGCAGCAGAUGAUCCAGGCGCAGACGCGCUUCGUCGAGUGGAAGCAACGUUUGAAGGAUGCACAACAGGUGCGUAAGUACCAACAAGAGUAUGAACUGAUCUCAGAGAUGAUCAACAAGUACCCGAGUCGGGCAGAAAUGAAUCGUCGUCUGGAACAGUUGCGCGAGGACCUGCGUAACAGUGCUGAGCGCCGCAAGCACUGCGAUGCUGUGCUCGAAAUCCGCCGUAAGCAGGCACACCUCCUUAUGAUAGCGUUAAACGAGCUGAAUCACCAAAGAUAUUGCCUCGCCUCACCGGUGAUUAGUGCUUAUAGUACAGUGCCAGUUCUCUUCGUCAGCACGAUCUUUACCAGUGAAAAUCACUAA